AUGGCAGGAGAUCUCAUUCUUAUUACGGGUGUUUCUGGCUUCAUCGGAUUCAAGACUCUGAUUCUGGCUCUUGAAUCAGGAUUCACAGUACGAGCGGUUAUACGCAAGAGCGAACAGGCCGCAAAACUCGAGUCCCACAAUCGAGUCGCACCCCACAAGGGCAAUCUACAAUGGGUUGUUAUCCCCAAUCUCUCCGACACGCACUCUUUUGAUAAGCAUCUCACUGGCGUCACGGGAAUUCUUCAUAUCGCUUCCCCUCUUGCCCACGAGUCGGACGACUAUCAGCGCGACAUCAUUGACCCAGCCUUGAAAGUAACCCAGUCUAUCCUCAGCGCCGCCCACCGCGCUCCAUCCAUCAAACGCGUAGUUAUCACCUCCUCAGCCGUAACCCUAGUUCCUUUCGCCUGGAUGUUUGGUCCAGCUCCCCCAUCCCCAGACCUCACAAUAUUCACCGCCGCCGACAUCAACUCCAACAAUGCCGGUCCCUACAGCUCGUCAAUCGAAGCAUACUUCGCAUCCAAAGCCCUAGCCCGCAUUGCAACCAAAAAAUUCAUGGACGAGGAGAAGCCCGCAUUUGAAUUCGUGAACUUGCUGCCAUCUGUAGUAGUCGGGCCAGACGAGUUAGCUACUAACGCUGCUGAAGUGUUGAAGGGCGGGAACCAAUUCACAUUGGGUCCGCUCCUAGAUGCCAACAUACCGCAGAUGGUAGGCGCUGCAGUGCAUGUUGAUGAUGUGGUUCGUGCGCAUAUCGACGCGUUGAAGCCGGGUGUGCAAGGGAACAGAGAAUAUAUUCUGAGUUCUGACGCGCCGGAUGGUAUUAAUUGGGACGAUGUCCAGCAACAUGUCAAAAAAUCCUUCCCCGAAGCUGUGGAGAAAGGGACGUUGAAAUUGGGCGCGAGCGUGACGGCGAGGCCUUGGAGAUUGGAUGCUCAGGCGACGGAGAAGGCAUUUGGUUGGAAGUUUGCACCGUUUACUGAGACGUUGGGAGAGGUUGUGGAGCAGUAUUUGAAGUUUGUGGAGGUGGAGAAGAAAUGA